GAUAAUACAACAUAACUCAACAAUUUCAAGUUAUUCUAGUGUCGAUUAUACAGCGUUUUCGUACUGGACAAAUACGCUAUUCGCCAUAUUGAGGGGAUCUAAGCAGUUCCACAGCAAAAGAUUGUAGAGAUGGCGAAAUUACUGGUGAUAUCGGGUUUCUUGUUCUUUCACAUUGGUGCAUUUCUGUGUCUUGAAUUCAAUCCAGAUGGAGACACAGUUAAAGGGGCAACAGUGAGUCUUGUGUGCACUAUUGCACCAUCAGACUUCACUUCUCCCAUUUCCCUUACCAAAGAUGGCAGUUUGAAGACAUCGUGUGACAAUACAAAUCUAUGCAAUCCACCAAACAGUGAUGCUGGUAGAUAUGUAUAUUCAUCUAACUCCUCAACGGUAGCAGUGACAAUCACUUCGUUACGCCAUACAACUGACACAGGAAAUUGGACGUGCUCAAUAGCAUCAUCAUCCAAAGAAUAUACUCUUGUUGUUCAAACUGAGCCAUCAGUAACAACCUUCAUAAAUGGAUCAAGCACAGCACCAGUGCUAGGAACAAAAUAUAAAAUAGUAAACCUAUCAGCUAGAAGUUACUGUUUCUUCCCAUCAACCUCCUCAGCAAAUCUUCAAUACAGCAUUGGGAUUUCUGGAUCAGUCUUGCCAUUGACAACAAUUUCAGUAGUGCAACUGUCAGCUAUUAGUGUAGGGUGUGAAGCAAAUGAAUUUGAUUUGCAAACAAAUGUAACAGUGGACAUAGACUCGUCAACAUAUGCAGAACUCUCUGGGAAAUCAAAUGUCUACUUCCAGAUCACAUUUACAAGCAGCCUUGGAACUCAGCAUUCAACAGAUUAUAGAUUUGGACCAUAUGAUUUUGAAGUGUGCAGUGUGGGCCAAUUUUGGGUAGGAUGAUAGCACGAAUAAGAAGAAAAAGCGAGAGUUUGAUGAGAUACCGGGAAUUCUUUAUUCAAAGUACCAUUGCAAGAUAUGUGAUUUGCAUUUAAAUCAUUACUUUGUAUCUUCUUUACUACUUGAUUCAAUAAAUGAGGAAAAGAAAUUUCGUUUCAUUUUUUC